GCUCUCAGGAAGGAAAUCUGUCCUUGAAGUUAGAAUUUUUCUGGCAGAUUUCACAAGCAACCCACCAGAACUCACAGAGAGAGAGAGAGAGAGAGAGAGAGAGAGAGAGUCUGUGUUGUGGAAGAAGCUCCGCUUCUGCUCAGGUGUAUCCAUCUCUGUUGUUGUUGGUGCUCAGUCCUCUCUCUCUCUCGUGACGUUCGUCUUCUUCUUCUUCUCCUCCUCCUCUCACUCUCUGAUCUACAUUCUCUCACUACUCUCCAAACGAUCACCACCUCUGUCUCUCUCUUUCUCUCUCCUAGAUUGCCUCGCCGGAGCUCAGAAUUCAUCCUCAGACAUUCGAAAGCAUGGCGGACAGAGUCUACCCGGCUAGCAAGCCCGCCGCCAACGGCGGCACGGCCCCCGCCGCGGCCAAUCCUCCGGCGGCGGCCGCGAAGCCCCAGCUCUACCGCCCCUACCGCCCGCAACCCGCCGGCCACAGCCGCCGCCGCCGCCACUACGACCGCCGGCGGUGCAGCGUCUGCUGCUGCUGCUUCUGGACGGUCCUCCUCGUGCUCGGGCUGUGCCUCCUGGCGGCCAUCGCCGGCGCCGCCCUCUACGUGCUCUACCGCCCGCACCGCCCCGAGUUCUCCGUCUCCUCCCUCAGGACCGCCACCCUCAACCUGACCGCCGCCGCCGACGGCUCCACCACCCGCCUCAUCACCCUGUUCAACCUCACCCUCACCUCCAAGAACCCGAACAGCCACUUCACCUUCGCCUACGACUCCUUCGCCGUCGCGCUCUCGUCGUCCUCGUCCUACUCGGUGUUCCUCGGAAACGGGUCGCUCCCGGCGUUCACGAGCAGCGAAAAGAGCGUGACCCCAUUGCGGGCAAUCGUGUCACUGAGCUCCCAAGAUCUCGACGCCGAGUCCGUCACCUCACUGAGGUCAGAUCUGAAGAAGAAAAAUGGAGUCCCCGUGAAGAUUCAGAUGGACACGAAGGUGAUGGUGAGCGCAGGCAAGCUGAAGAGCAAGAAGGUGGGCAUUAGAGUGAGCUGCGAAGGGUUCAAAGGGGUGGUCCCCCCGGAAGGUAAGUCGCCAUCGGUGGCCACGGUGAGCGAUUCCCAGUGCAAUGUCGAUCUCAGGAUCAAGAUCUGGAAGCUCACUUUCUGAUUCGUCCACGGAACCUGGUAAUACAUUUGUCUCUUUGGCUUUGUAAUAUCUCUCUCCUACAAAUUUUUCCUUGCUUCUGCUUUUGGUUUCUGGGUUUGUGAAAUACUGUGGAAGGAUUCGUGGAGUUACUGCUUGUGGGUUGAAAGAAACGGAUGACACGGCCAGUUCUAGCUAUCAAGAAAAGGAAUAUGUUGUAGUCUUAUUUUUUUUUUGGUUUUUUGUCAGUUUCUUGUUUACCAUUUUCAAGUAAUGAAACAUUAGCUUGAAAAUGGGGUCAUGGAAGAAUCGAUGACAGAUUUUGUUGUUAUAUAAAGUGGUCAAAUUGCCCCAUUCAA